AUGAGUGAUAUUUCCAAGCAACCAUCCCUGUUCUACCACCUUGGCGUGCGUGAAAGCUUUGACAUGGCUAAUAAUGUUAUACUGUACCAUGACACUGAUGCUGACACUGCUCAGUCUCUCAAAGAUAUGGUAUCUCAGAAAAACACAGUUGCCAACCACAAAGCUUUUCUUCGGGUUCAAGUACCUCCUGAAUACCACAGUGGUAAUCUGAUAGGCAAAGCUUCCAGUGGCAAUUAUUAUUUUAUUCCAUACAUCGUCACACCUUGUGCUGACUACUUUUGCUGUGAAAGUGACGCCCAACGAAGAGCUUCUGAGUAUAUGCAACCCAGCUGGGACAAUAUCCUGGGGCCAUUUUGUGUCCCACUGGUGGACAAGUUUAUCAGCCUUCUGAAGGAUGUUCAUGUUACAUCAUGUGCCUAUUAUAAAGAAACAAUGCUAAAUGAUAUUAGAAAAGCUAGAGAGAAGUAUCAAGGAGAUGAACUGGCUAAGGAGCUGGCCAGAAUUAAGCUUCGUAUGGAUAAUACUGAAGUGCUGACUUCUGACAUUGUCAUAAACCUGCUUCUUUCUUACAGAGAUAUUCAGGACUAUGAUGCUAUGGUGAAGCUGGUAGAAACACUAGAAAUGCUUCCUACCUGUGAUCUGGCUGAUCAACACAACAUUAAAUUUCAUUAUGCUUUUGCGUUGAAUCGAAGAAAUAAUGCAGGUGACAGAGAGAAGGCACUACAAGUUAUGCUUCAAGUGCUGCAGACAUGUGAUCAUCCUGCUCCAGAUAUGUUUUGCUUAUGUGGGCGGAUUUACAAGGAUAUGUUUCUUGAUUCUGACUGUAAAGAUACCAAUAGUCGAGAUCAUGCCAUUGAAUGGUAUCGCAAAGGAUUUGAACUCCAGUCAACUCUGUAUUCUGGAAUUAACCUUGCAGUUUUGCUACUUGUUGCAGGACAACAGUUUGAAAGCUCAAUGGAACUGAGAAAAAUAGGUGUACGGUUAAACAGUUUAUUGGGAAGAAAAGGAAGCCUAGAAAAAAUGAACAAUUACUGGGAUGUGGGACAGUUCUUCAGUGUGAGCAUGCUGGCUAAUGAUGUUGGUAAAGCAGUACAAGCAGCAGAGAAACUUUUUAAGCUGAAACCUCCAGUGUGGUACUUGAAAUCAUUAGUUCAGAAUCUGAUGUUAAUUCAGCAUUUCAAGAAACUCACCAUAGAACAUUCUCCUAGACAAGAGAGAUUGACUUUCUGGCUAGAUAUAAUUUUUGAGGCAACGAAAGAAACAACUAAUGGACUGAGAUUUCCAGUUUUGGUGAUAGAACCAACUAAAGUCUACCAGCCUGCAUAUGUUUCAAUCAACAAUGAAGCAGAUGAGAGAUCUCUCUCUUUGUGGCAUGUCUCUCCCACUGAAAUGAAACAGAUUCACGAAUGGAAUUUUACAGCUUCUUCCAUUAGGGGAAUAAGCAUUUCCAAGUUUGAUGAACGAUGUUGUUUUCUUUAUGUCCAUGACAACUCUGACGACUUUCAAAUCUACUUUUCUACAGAAAACCAAUGUAGUAGAUUCUGUGGGUUGGUGAAAGGAAUUUUGUCUGAUGCAGUUGGCAGUACUUUGGAACUAGAAGGAGAAAUAGAUGGAGACACAUUGGAGUAUGAAUAUGAUUAUGAUGAGAAUGGUGACAGGGUAGUUCUGGGGAAAGGUACUUACGGAAUAGUUUAUGCUGGAAGAGACCUUAGCAAUCAGGUCCGAAUAGCCAUCAAAGAAAUACCUGAGAGAGACAGCAGGUAUUCUCAACCUCUUCAUGAAGAGAUAGCAUUGCAUAAAUAUUUAAAGCAUCGGAACAUUGUCCAGUAUCUUGGAUCUGUUUCAGAAGAUGGAUACAUUAAGAUUUUUAUGGAGCAGGUGCCAGGAGGCAGCCUUUCAGCUCUCCUAAGAUCUAAGUGGGGCCCAAUGAAAGAACCUACAAUUAAAUUUUACACCAAGCAGAUUCUGGAAGGCCUUAAGUAUCUCCAUGAGAACCAGAUUGUACACAGAGAUAUAAAGGGGGAUAAUGUUUUGGUGAACACCUAUAGUGGCGUGGUAAAGAUAUCUGACUUUGGCACUUCCAAACGGCUGGCGGGAAUCAAUCCAUGCACUGAAACAUUUACAGGAACCUUGCAGUACAUGGCUCCAGAGAUCAUUGAUAAAGGACCACGAGGAUACGGUGCACCAGCUGACAUCUGGUCACUGGGUUGUACCAUUAUUGAAAUGGCAACGGGCAAACCUCCAUUUCAUGAACUAGGGGAGCCUCAAGCAGCAAUGUUUAAAGUUGGGAUGUUUAAGAUUCAUCCUGAAAUUCCAGAAUCACUGUCUGCUGAAACAAGGGCCUUUAUUUUGCUCUGUUUUGAACCUGAUCCUAGUAAACGUGUUACAGCAUCUGAUUUGCUCAGAGAUUCCUUCCUGAAACAAGUAAACAAGGGCAAGAAAAGCAGAAUUGCAUUCAAGCCUUCAGAUUACAAUCGUAAUACAUCCCUCCCACUGCUGAUCCAUGGAGAACAGGCUGGCAGUAGCAGCAGUGAGCAUGGCUCUGUUUCACCAGACUCUGAUGUACAGCAUGACAUGUUUUUCGAAAGGCCAAAGAGAUCCAUUUCAGAGAUUCAGACAAAGCAUCCCAUUUCCCAUUUACUAAGCGUGCCUGAUGAGGGCUCAGCCUCAGAGGACAGGAGCUCCUCUCCUUCCGUUGAGGACAAGGAUUCUGGUCUGUUUCUGCUGCGGAAGGACAGUGAACGCCGAGCAAUCCUAUAUAAAAUCCUUAAGGAAGAACAGAAUACAGUUGCUUCCAAUUUGCAGGACUGUAUUGCACAGAGCUCUGAAGAACUGCAGCUUUCAGUGGCCCACAUCAAGCAAAUUAUUGGGAUUUUAAGGGACUUCAUACGUUCUCCUGAGCAGAGAGUGAUGGCUUCUACCAUAUCCAAGUUGAAAAUGGAUUUGGAUUUUGACAGCACUUCCAUCAAUCAGAUUCAUCUGGUGCUGUUUGGAUUUCAGGAUGCGGUGAACAAAGUAUUAAGAAAUCAUUUAAUAAGGCCCCACUGGAUGUUUGCAAUGGAUAACAUAAUUCGCCGUGCAGUCCAAGCAGCAGUCACUAUUCUUAUUCCAGAGCUUCGGGCUCACUUUGAGCCAGCAUCAGAAACUGAAGGUGGGGACAAGGACGGUGAUGAAGCAGAGGACAGUCACCAGCCCACUGAACAAAAUGGGGCUGAGGAUCCUGCCAUCACGUCAGGAGCCAGCACCCUUAGUUCUGUGGUGUCACAUGAGGCUCAGCAGCAGCUUAGCCGGGAGUUGGGCAGACUUAAACAAGAGACCUUCAGGCUUUUGGAAAACCUAGUUCAGAAGGAGAAAGAAUAUCAGACCCUCUUACGACAAUCUUUGGAGCAAAAAACUCAGGAAUUACACUUGCUUCGAUUAAAACUUAAACCUGAAGACUCCCAAUGGUCUGCAGCAACUGUUAGAGAGAAUGCAGACCCUGAGCUCAUGAACUGGCUGAAACAACAAGGAGCAGACUUGGAUACAAUUAAGAGGUUUGCUGAAGAAGAUUAUACACUAAGUGCUGUCCUUAAUGAUAUCACUAAAGAUGAUCUGCGGUAUCUUCAACUGCGGGGUGGUCUUCUCUGCAGAAUUUGGAAUGCAAUAUUAAACCACCGACAAACAUUGGGUAAGAUUAAAGCUUCAGAAGGAGAACAUGCAAUGGGAAUAAGCAAAUGA